AUGGAGUCUACAUUGGCUAUCUCGGCGACGACAUUGCCUCUCUUCACCAUAUCCAAAGCCCUUAACCGUCAUUUUAUCACUAACAACACUCGUUCCUUCCUCCGCCUCUCCUCGACUCAACUCGUCGCUCGCAGACUCAGUUCCAUCUACUCACACAACAACGACGCACUUACUUCUUCUGCUUCUUUGAAGGGCUUGUGCACUGUGGUUCCACUGCUACGCCAGCGUUCGCAGUGCGUUUCGAGCUCUGCGGCUUCUUUCGGGACCUCGUCCGGCGGAGGGGGCGGAGGAGGAGGCGGCGAGUUCGGCAGCGGCGGAGGGGGCGGUGGAUCGGAUGGUGGAGAUGCGGAGUCGAAAUCGGUUGCGGGAGUGGUGGGAGCGGAGGGGGUUUCGGUGCUGUCGUCGGAUGUUAUCAUACUCGAUGUUGGAGGAAUGACAUGCGGAGGAUGUGCAGCUAGUGUCAAGAGAAUACUUGAAAAUCAACCACAAGUAUCUUCUGCUAGCGUCAAUCUCACUACAGAGACUGCAAUAGUGUGGCCAGUAUCUGAAGCUAAAGUUGUACCCAACUGGCAGAAACAGCUCGGCGAGGCACUUGCAAAGCAUCUGACUAGUUGUGGUUUCACGUCUAACCUUCGAGAAUCAGUUGAUCAGUUACUUGGUCAUUUUUUUGGUGGCCAGAGAGAUAUGGGAAAUGUUUCUAUCAUCAGUGGGUCUGGGGUUCAGUUUAUGCUAAGAGAUGCAAGAGCUUCUGGAGGGGGAUAUCCUUAUAAGGAAGUACUAGUAAACUAUAAUAUGAUACUAUUGAGCAAACUGUUCUUUGAUGCAGGAAGAGAGGAUUUCUUCAAAAUUUUUGAAAAGAAAAUGGAUGAAAAGCGUGAUCGCCUAAAAGAAAGUGGUCGUCAGCUUGCUGUCUCUUGGGCUCUAUGUGCUGUAUGCCUCCUUGGUCAUGUUUCUCAUGUUUUUGCUGCUAAGGCUUCAUGGACCCAUGUGUUUCAUUCCACAGGAUUCCAUCUGUCUUUGUCUUUGUUUACAUUGCUUGGUCCUGGGCGUCAGCUUAUUCUCGAUGGUGUUAAAAGCCUUUUUAAGGGGGCUCCAAAUAUGAACACUUUAGUAGGUCUUGGGGCUUUAUCAUCAUUUUCUGUUAGCUCAUUAGCUGCAUUAAUACCAAAGCUGGGUUGGAAGGCAUUCCUUGAGGAACCGAUUAUGUUAAUAGCUUUUGUCUUGCUAGGAAGGAAUCUUGAACAGAGAGCUAAAAUUAAAGCAACCAGUGAUAUGACUGGACUUUUAAGUGUUUUACCUACAAAAGCUCGUCUUGUGGUCAAUGAUGAUGCAAAAGACCAGGGCUCAAUUGUUGAAGUUCCUUGCAGCAGCCUUUCUGUUGGAGACCAAAUUGUUGUUUUGCCUGGAGAUCGAGUUCCUGCAGAUGGAACAGUCAUAGCUGGUAGAAGCACAAUUGAUGAGUCGAGUUUCACAGGGGAGCCAUUGCCAGUAACCAAACUACCUGGGGGUCAAGUAUCAGCUGGAAGUAUAAACCUCAAUGGAACUCUUACAAUUGAAGUUAAAAGACCAGGGGGUGAGACUGCCAUGGGAGACAUUGUUCGUUUGGUGGAAGAAGCACAGAACAGGGAGGCUCCAGUACAACGUUUGGCUGACAAGGUGUCUGGGCACUUUACAUAUGGGGUAAUGGCCAUUUCAGCAGCUACAUUUAUGUUCUGGAGCAUGUUUGGGACACGUAUUCUACCUGCAGCUUUGAACCAAGCAAAUCCGAUGUCUCUAGCUCUACAGCUCUCUUGCAGUGUUUUGGUUGUUGCUUGUCCAUGUGCACUUGGCCUGGCCACACCUACUGCUGUACUGGUUGGAACUUCACUGGGAGCAACAAGAGGAUUGCUUUUGCGUGGAGGAAAUAUUCUGGAAAAGUUUUCAAUGGUGAAUUCUGUUGUGUUUGACAAAACAGGGACCCUAACAAUUGGCAGACCUGUUGUAACAAAGGUUGUUUCUCUUGGAGGCAUGAAAAUUACAGAUUCACAGUUAAUUAGUAUACUAAAUCCAAAUGCUACAUGGUCUGAAGAUGAAGUUUUGAAGUUAGCUGCUGCCGUGGAAUCAAAUACUAUUCAUCCGGUUGGAAAAGCCAUAGUAGAAGCUGCACAGGCUGCUAGUUGUCAGAAUGUGAAGGUGAUGGAUGGAACAUUCAUGGAGGAACCUGGGUCUGGUGCUGUAGCUACCAUUGAGAAUAAGGUGGUCUGUGUUGGAACACUAGAUUGGGUUCAAAGGCAUGGAAUUAAUGAGAAUCCAUUUCAAGAAGUGGAGGAUCUUCAGAAUCAGUCUGUUGUCUAUGUUGGAGUAGAUAAUACCCUUGCUGGACUUAUAUACUUUCAAGAUCAGAUUAGAGAAGAUGCUCAACAAGUUGUUCAUUCUUUGUCCUGUCAGGGAAUUGAUGUGUACAUGUUGUCUGGUGACAAAAAAAGCACUGCCGAGUAUGUUGCUUCGCUUGUUGGCAUUCCAAAAGAGAAGGUGUUGUCUGGAGUUAAGCCAGAUGAAAAGAAGAAGUUCAUCAGUGAACUGCAGAAGGACCAGAAGAUAGUAGCUAUGGUUGGUGAUGGAAUAAAUGAUGCAGCAGCCUUGGCUGAGUCACAUGUUGGAGUUGCCAUGGGAGAAGGUGUUGGAGCUGCCAGUGAGGUAUCCUCCAUCGUGCUGAUGGGUAACAGGUUGUCACAGGUGCUUGAUGCACUGGAGCUGAGCAGGCUAACCAUGAAAACUGUGAAGCAAAACCUUUGGUGGGCCUUUGCAUAUAACAUCGUUGGAAUUCCAAUUGCAGCUGGAGUGUUACUGCCAAUAACUGGGACCAUACUAACACCGUCAAUUGCAGGAGCUCUCAUGGGUUUGAGUUCUAUUGGAGUGAUGACAAAUUCAUUGCUCCUGAGAUUGAAAUUCUCCUCAAAGCAGAAAAAAGUCCAUGGAGCAUCUCCAAGCACCAAGAUUUGUUUGGAUUCUGUUCUUUUGGACCAGGAGAAAAUGAAACAACCUUGUUCUGAUUCUGGAUAA